AUGUCAAGAAUUCUACGUUACGUUCCCUUAGCUAAAACAAGCGUGCAAAACUCCAUCGCCAGAAGAACGAAGUACAGAACCAUUGAGGUACCAACCAUGGCUAAGAACGUGGGCACUUUGCCUGUAGACUCGAAUAUCGAGUCCAAAGAGGCCAAAGCUGGCGGAAACCUGGCUCAAAAGGCAUACUCUGAGAUGGGUGGGGCUAAAGCUGAAAAGCGGCGCUCCACGUCAUCAUAUGCCACUUCCGGCAAGGAAAUUCUAGUGGCUUCCAAUGCGCAAGGUAUCAUGAAAAUGCCUGUGCCAAACGAAUACGGUACUGUGGGCCCUGCGCCGAUGGAGAUCACUGACCCUAAACAAUUUCGGACUGCUCCCUCCAGGGACAUCAACUUGCACGACACCAGUAUCGACAAAGCCGCCUAUGAAGAGCGCGAGCGUAGUAUCCAGAAGAUGCGGGAGACCAUUGGGCAAGACCGCUCGUUCAAUGUUUAUCCGUGGAAGUCUAUCGGAGGGUUUUUCGGUAGUGGUAGCGGACCUGCCAGUGCCGAUGGUGACGUUGUGAAAGCUUAUAUUACUGAAAAGUUCUAUAACGACAUUUACUUCAACAUGGCCGGCAUUGUGGGAACCUGCUACUUUUCGUGGCUUUUGGCACACUGGAGAUUCUCGUGGUUGUCGCUGUUUUUUGUGUUCUUCUGCGCUGCGUCAGUGUAUCGAAGCGAGUUUCGCCGGUUUAACAGAAAUAUUCGUGAUGAUCUCACCAGAAUUGUGGUGGAGGAAACGCUUUCGGAUAGAAAGGAGUCAACUCUCUGGUUAAACUCGUUUCUAUCUAAAUUUUGGGUCAUUUACAUGCCUGUGCUUUCACAACAGGUGAAAGAUAUCGCCAAUCCGCAGCUAGCAGACGUUGCACCAGGCUACGGUAUCGAUGCAAUUUCACUUGACGAAUUCAAUCUUGGCACUAAAUCCCCAACCAUCGACGGUAUCACGUCUUACACCAAAAGGGGGAAAGAUACCGUUGAAAUGGACUGGGAAUUUUCAUUCACGCCCAGUGACGUUUCGAAUAUGACUCAGAACGAGGCUAAAGAGAAAAUCAACCCCAAAAUAGCCAUGGGUGUUACGGUCGGAAAAGGUUUCGUAUCAAAAUCCUUGCCCGUACUAGUCGAAGACGUCAACUGCAAGGGAAGAAUGCGCAUCACUAUCAAGUUUGGCCAUUCUUUCCCAAAUAUCAAGAUUGUCUCGCUUUCUUUGAUGGAGCCCCCUUUCAUUGAUUUUGCAUUGAAGCCAGUGGGAGGAGACACUUUGGGUUUGGACAUAAUGUCAUUUUUGCCUGGUUUAAAGACGUUUGUCAAGACAAUGAUCAACUCGAACGUGGGUCCUAUGCUUUACAACCCUCACACGUUGGAUAUUGAUGUUGAAGAAAUCAUGGCUGCUCAAUCUCAAGACGCUAUCGGCGUUGUCGCAGUCACCUUACAUUCUGCCGAUGAAUUAAAAAGCUCCGACUUUCUGGGAAACACGGUCGACCCAUACGUUACUCUCACCACAGAAAACGGAAACAUUGGUGAGACUACCAUUCGGACCUCUGUCAAGUCUAAUAUCAAAUCUCCUCGUUGGAACGAGACCAAAUAUGUUUUGAUUAACAGUUUAGAGCAGAAAAUGUUUUUCACUUGCUUUGAUUUCAAUGACAUUCGCAAGGACACGCUUAUUGGCAAGCUCGAGUUCAAUUUGGCAACGCUACUUCAGACUCCUUCUAUCACUGACCAGAGUUCGAAGUUGACGUCCGGAGGCCGCACGAGAGGUACUUUGAAUUAUGAUCUCCACUGGUUGCCAGUCAUAAGCGAAGAAACAAGAGCUGCUAAGGAAGACAUGUCAGACGCACCCGAAAGAGCAGAACUAGAUGACGACACUGAAGCUGAACAAUCUGCUUCUGACGUUGGUAUUUUGAAGGCUACUUUUCACAAGGCAAAGUUUUUGAAAGCUCUUGGCUCUUUGCAAGGAGCAUUGAGCCCAAGUGCGCUAAUGAUGAUCGAUGGAAAAGUUGUGAAGAAGUAUAGAACAUUACGUCGCAUUAAUGAACCAUCGUGGGAAGAGUGUAUUGAAGUGCUUGUUCCUUCAAAGAAGAAUUCCGUCCUCACGAUUAAAGUUUUCGACGAUGGUAUGGCUGGUAAAGAGCUCCUUUGUGAAUACUCCUCUUCGAUGUCGGACAUUUUGAGUAUUUCUGAAGGCGGACAAACAAUGCUGGCUGCAUCUCCACAAGGCGAGUUAUAUCUAUCAACCGUAUGGAAGCCUGUUGCUAUGACUGGAUCGUUUGCACCUGCAAAUUCCAUGCGUGAUCCUCUCGGGGUUGUCAAGCUGCACAUAAAGGAUGGAUUGAUUGAUGAGCAGCUUUCCGGUGUAGGUGACAUUGAUCCAUACAUUACGGUUUCACUCAAUAAACAUGUCACGCACAAAACUCAAUACAUUCCAGAUAAUCGUGAACCCAAGUUCAAUACUAUAAUUUAUGUCCCAGUUACAUCAGAAAAUCAAUCUAUUCUUUUGAAGGUCAUGGACUAUCAAAAGGUGGGCAAAGACAGACCUGUUGGUUCGUAUACUAUCCCGGUAUCUAAAGUUGCGCAGAAAGAUCCAGAGACAAACAAAUAUGUACAGGUUGAGAAGGCUCAACCUGCUCAAUGUAGACUAUUGGGCAAGAAUAUGGCAUUGACUAAGAGCUACAUCAACGUCGACAUGUCGUUCAUUCCAGUUACUCCAGUUUACAAUCCGGAUGAACUAUCUAAAGUCGAACAACUGGAGGCCAAAAUUAAAGAGAGAAAGGAGAAGUUUAAUAAAGAACAAGAGGAAAUGAAGAAAGCCAUGGAGGAGCACCCUGAUCAAUACGAAGUUGUUGAAGUUGAAAUUGAGGAUGAACAAGAGAAGAGUCUAAAGAAAAAGGAAAAGAAGACCGUUGAAGAGCUGUUGAGAGACAACUCAGGAGUCUUGGAUUAUCAGAUUCUGAGUGGCAAGCUUUCAAAGCGUUCUGCUCACUUGCAAGUACUCUUUGAUGAUCUUGCGUGCCCUACCUCUACCUCAUUAAAAUCCAAGAAUGAAGAAGUUGUUCCAGACAGUGGCUCAUGUUUCAUUCGUGAUUUGAAUCAUAGCCGUAUCACCUUCAGACUAUCGAAGAAGUACGAAGCGAAGGAUUUGGAUGACAUUUUGGGCGAGGAAUCGUUCUCGGUGAAAGAGCUGUUGAAGAAAGGUCUCAAAGCACCAACUCUUAUUAAGGCAAAAGGUUCCGAAUUAGAAGUUCGCUUUUUCUACACGCCUGCUAAAUUUCAAUUGCCUGCCACUGAAUCUAUCGAAGAUACGGGUUCCCUAAAACUAAACGUGAUAUCGGCUGAGGGUCUGCCAUCUCACGAUAGAAACAACAAGUCUGAUCCAUUUGUAGUCAUAAAAGUGGAUGGUAGUAAAGUGGGAAAAACAGACGUGAUCAAAAAAACGUUAUCACCAGUGUGGAAUGCUAACGUGGAAGUUCCUAUUCCUUCCAGGUCAAGAUGCGAAGUUGCGGUUGAAGUUUACGAUUGGGAUAGAGCUGGAUCUAAUGAUCUCCUAUGCUCUACGGUGCUAGAUACCAAGAUGCUUGUUCCCGGGAAGACUCAUGAUUUGAAUCUGGAUCUAGACUCUCAAGGUUCGAUAAAAAUGAAGGCCACUUUCACGCCAGAGUAUUUGUUCCCAGCUCUAGAUCCUGCUAAAGGAGGCCUGGCCGUUAUGCCCUUCAAAGCUAUAGAUGGGGUUGCUAACAUCGGUGUGGGAGUUGCUGGCGCUGGUUUAGGAGCUGCCCAAAACGUUGCCGGAGCAGGUUUUGGCGCAGCUCAAAAUGUGGCAGGCGCUGGCUUUGGUGGAGUUCAGAAAGGUGGCAAAUUCUUGAAGGGACUUGGAAGAAAGUCUAAGAAAGAGUCCCGUAGCCAACAAGGGUCAGACGAAGCCACUGAGUCAGAAUCGCAGGAAGAUGAGAGUAGGCCAAAGGCGUCCAAAAAGUCAAUGGACUAUGAUGUCACGAAACCCAAUAAUAGCUACGCGGAGGUUAGGCAUAGUAGUGACCGUCCGCAGGACACGGCGACUUCACCAAAAAAUGGAGAAGGGUCGAGUGUAGUUGGCGCGCCUGGCCCAAUACACAAACGUUCCACUUCCACGGCCAGCAGUUUUGCUCGUACUCUGGCGCCAAGCGAUACCUACAGAGGUAAAGUAACUGUGUUGGGUGCGGAAAAUAUGGGCAAAGCUUCUCUACAAGUGCGGGUUUCGUUGGCACAGAGUGGUCGCAUAAGGCACAUGUACCGAACUGAUAACCAAAAAACAGAUUCCGAAGGCCGCGUGCAGUAUACUGGAGCGUUGUGUGAAUUCAAAGCUUCGCCAGAAGCUAACCUGGUAUUUGGAGCCGUUGCAACGCACAGGUUUGGAAAGGAUACCGAAUUAGGAGUUGCACAGGUGAAUUUAGGAGAUUCGCAAAUUCAACAGGAAGGAACGUUAUCCUUGAAACUUGGCAGGGGCCAUCUACUCUUGAAAAUUGAGUAUGGAGAUACUGAAGUCCCACCUGUGCCCGAUAUCCCAUCCGAGUAUAAGACUAAAGACUAG